AUGACCGUGACGGAGUUCGCACUUCUCCAGCUCAAGGAGCCGCUGACCGAGGAGUUCAAGGAGCUCUUGGACUAUUGCCAGACGGUCCAGGACACCUGGGUCUUGCGCCAGCAGCCAGGACUCCCUCCUACCCGGAUAGACCGCGGCACCGCCAUCCUCCAGCAGGUCGAGGACCCGAGCGUGAUCCUCAUCGCAGCGCAGUGGGACUCGCUGCAGGCGCACCUCGAGUGGCUCGCGUCGCCCGAGAACCAGAACGUCAUGGCCAAGCUGAUGCCACGCAUCCACGUCGAAGGCCCGCGAGCUGUUCUCUUCUUUCACGUCGACGCGCCCAUCUUUGCGACGCCGGUGACGCCGCCGACCCAGGCCGACGGCGCUGCACCAGAGACGGAGAGCAAGGCCGAGGGGAAGAAGAAGGCCGAGGACAAGCCCCCUUCGCUGUUGACGGCGCCGGUGCUUAGCGUCGGACGCUUCGGUGUACGGUCGGAGAAGAAGGAGGACUUCACCAGCAAGUACGACGAGUCGAAGUGGGUCGUCGAGGAAGCCGCGAGGCCGUACCCCGUCCGCGGCGGGUGGCGGAUGGAGAAGGCAAGCGAGGAUCACGAGGAGUUUGUCAUGUACUGCGGGUGGUCGACGGUCGAGCAGCACAAGGCGAUUGCCCAACGCGAGGGGUUCAAGGAGUGGGCUGGCAUUCAGGAGUUUGUCACAGGGACUGACAUUUGGCAUUACCAGAGGAUCAUGUAG